AUGCAUUCUCUUCUAUCUUUCACCACUCUCUUGGGUGCUUUGACUGCCCAGGUCUCGGCCUCUCCCGCCGAGCUGAACAAGAGACUCGGUCUCAGCCUCCCUCCUCUGAUCCCCAAGAUUCCAGGUGUUACUGAACCUCUGGCCGACAACGCCCCUCCGCUGCCAAUUCUUCAACUUCCCACUCCUCCCUUGGACAGUCUUCCUUUCAAGACCUCCAACAUCAAGCCAAAGAAGAUUGGCUACUUCUGGACUGGAGCUGGUGAUAACAAGCACGCUGAUUUCUUGAUUACGGCCAGUCUUGAUGAUGACACGUUCGGGGAGAUUAUCCACAUCACGGACGUCAACACCAGUGGUAACUCGCCCCACCAUCUCGGCAGUUCCCUCGAUGGAAAAACCUUGAUUGGUGGUGGUCUGCUAUCCCUUCUGAAGACUCAGGACACAGCCUUCUAUUUCGACACCUCCAACCCAUAUGCCCCCAAGUUCGAUCACAGCAACCGUGGCAUCCUGGGCUCUAUCGUCGAUGAGAUCCGAGCCAAGCCCGAAGGCGGCUUCUUCAUCACCUACAUGGGUAGUGCUGUUGGCACUUCUCCCGGUCGCCUUAUCGAGACUGAUGCCAAUGGCGACAUCAUCCACGAAUGGCCAGAGGAUGUUGAGAGUACACUCAAUGUGCUUGAGAAACAGUUCUCUCCUCAUGGUCUCGCCGUCAACUUUGACAAGGAUAUUAUUCUUACUUCUGACUUUGUUGUGCCCAUCACCAUCCUCAAGCCCACUCUAGGUAUCAAGAAGGCAGAUACCCUCCGCCUCUGGGAGCUCAAGACUCGCAAGAUCAUCUCCACCAUCACCAUUCCUGAUGGCCAGGGUAUCCAAGAUGUCAAAUUCAUCCCGGGUAAUAAGGAGAGUGCUGCUCUAGCUACCGCCGUCGGUCCUGGCCAGGUCUGGAUCAUCUAUCCCUUCCGCAAAGACUCUAAGGGUAACCAAGGUGUCGCCGAGCUUCUUUACGAUCUCGGUGAUAAAGCCAAGGAGUCCCUUGCUAUCUACUCGGACAUCUCUGAUGACGGCAAGUUCGCCUACUUCACCAUUACCCUCGGAAACCAUGUCGCUGCUCUUGAUAUUUCCGAUCUCGAUAAUGUCAAGCGUCUGGAUGAUCCUGAUGAGGACCAGCCAAUCGUUGGCCCUCACUAUGUCAAGAUCUCUCCCGAUAAGAAGAACCUACUCGUCACUGGCUACUUUGUGCAGGGCGGAGAUAUCUCAAUUGUCAACACUCCCGGUGAUUACAAGGGUCACUGGAUCGAUAUCAACGACGAUGGGUCGCUCAGCUUCAACCGUACCAUUGAUUUUGAGAAGAUCUUCACCAAGACUCGUGGCGGUGCCCGACCCCACAGUGUUGUCAUCUUUGACCUCACAGACCCCAAGAACCCCAUCUACUAUUGA